AUCGACGAGUACCACACGCGACCAUCAUUAUCGGUGAAAUUCGGUAAAACUGAUGACGGUAUCAUUUGACGUCUCAAAAGGGUCAGGUUUUGAGUGAAGGCAAGCAUCGCCAGUUCGUGUUCGAUUCCAUUGUCUCUCCGCAUAGUUUCAUCAAAGACGAGCUAAUCCACAGAGCUGCAGCAAUGGGUCACGGAUUCGGUGAAUUGGCCAAGGUGCGCGGUAUUGUCACCCACAAAAUCUCCUCGUACGAGCAAAAGGCUUUCGCCGGAUGGUGGACCAAGGCGAUCCCCAACACCCUGCGACGAAUUCGGUCCCAGAUUUUCAUCGUAACACCACCAUUCAUCAUGGGCUACCUGAUCUACAACUAUGUGGAGGAUCUGCACGUCAAAAUAAACCGUAAGAACCCAGCCGACUAUGAGAACGAUUCCUAAGGCAGGGAUUUCAUGCUCGGACCUAGCCGAUUAUGUACACUAUCUAUAAAAUACCCAUAACAAAUGAUGAAUAAAUCGAAGAACGGUCGUCUA